AUGGAUCCGCGCCGUCACGAAUACAUCCUUGAAGUCUUUGCCGACCAAAGCUUUGUGAGAGACAUUGUCAAAGGAGUCUUGCACACAAUCUUCUUCCACCGAUACUUCCCUCCAGUUCGGCCGUCACUGUAUAUGCCCACGGCCUCAUCAUCUCAUGACUCCUCGCAUCCGACCCAGUCGCUCCCCAUCCCACUUCCAUCCAUCCUUGAUCCGCCCGAAAUCUCCGCCGCGAUCGACUCUCACACUGCCCUUCUCGUCUCUCAAUUGACGCCCCAAUCCCCGACAAGUGCGGCAUCGGGAGGUUCUCGCGGGGAGAUCAUGGUUCGGUUCUAUGACCGAAAGCGUCGAAGGACGGGCAUCACCACCGGCUGGCUGGGCCGCCUGGGUGGAGGGGGUCAGACAGAAGAAGAAGUGUGUUGGGAGGAAUGGUGUGUGCAAGUGAUCGUGGCCAGGCCUCGGAGCGAAGCGGAUCGUAUCAAAGUCCGCAGAGCGAUGGAAUCUUCCCUCCAAAAGACGGCAAUGAAGAUUGUCGCCAUUGUCAACAAAGACAAGGAUCAUAUCCCUCCCAUCACCACAAGCGAUCAGAAUCCCUUCCCUUAUAGGAUAGUGGUCAAUCCCAAGCAGCACGAGAGUGCCGAGAGAGGAUUUGGAAGUUGGAAUUGA